UAACCGUAGACGCUACGCAGGCAAGUCCAACGCGGAGGUAGCGCUGGAGCACCAGUGGAAAGCGGAAGCUACAGAAGCUUUCCCCUCGAUUCAUUCCCGUACCUCGCUCGGAGGAAGAGGGGAGACGACGGAGAGACUUGAAGAUCUUCUUCUCCUCCUCUUUUUCCCCAUAAAGUUUCGUGCUUUUUCUGUAAAUUUCUGUCGCUUCUCGGUCCAAGAACCGCGAGAUCUCUUCGCUUCUCUUCUCUUCAGCAGCGACCUCGUCCUGGGGACCCGGCGGUGUGGUGGGUGUUCCUGGGUUGCAGCCGGGUGAUGUUUUCGAAAGUGGGUUUUGCGUAAUGUAGCUUGAGUUUCGAUUUGAACGGUCAACUGGGUUAUCCGGGUCGGAGCUGAAAAGCCGCUUCUUGGAGCCAUUCGGAGAGAGGGUGCGAGAGAGGAAGAGAAAGAGGGAGGGAGGCUUUCGUCUUUGUCGUUACAAGCAAAUGCUUUUGUGAGGAUGGACUCUAACCGGAGUGCGCCGACGGGAAACGAACAUGCGAAUAGUUCGGCAUCGGAUAAGAGAGGGAAGUAUCGUAUCAUGGCGGAAAUCAAGCGUCUCGAGCAAGAAUCCAAGUGUUUGGAGGAGGAGUUGGAAGAACUCGAAAAAUUAGAAGGUGCUUCAUCCAUUUGCAAGGAAUUGCUGAACUACGUAGAGGCGAAGCCUGAUGCGUUGCUUCCAGUGACAAAUGGCCCAGCAAACCCAUCCUGGAAUAGAUGGUUUGAGGGGUUCCAAGAUUCGGAAGGCUGCAGAUGCCAGAUAAUGUGAUGGAUCUGAUCCCACCACGUAUCGAAUUUCCCAUUUCCUAGAGGAAGUAUUAACAUUGUGACAAAAUAGGGCUGAUGAUAGCAUACUCAAUGAUGCAAGUGCUGAUGCUGUAAUAAAGAUGUUACUGUUUGAUUGUAGCCAACGCGCAAGCAGGCUCUUUUGUGCCACCGAGACAUAAUGAGAUUGUCACCUCAACCCAGAAGCGUCCCAGCCAAGGGGACGGCGCUGAGGAGUGGGGAAGACGAAUUCCUGGACGGUCUGGGCCAUCUUAGCGACUUUUAGAUGUGUUUGUAGACAAAUCUGUAUUGUAUAUCAGGUCACUUUUAUGUACAAGUGUAAAUUUCAGCGGAUGCAGUUCUAAAGUUGAUGUGCCCUCCUAUUCUUUUCUUCUUCACUGGAAUCUAAAAUGCCUUUGCCAAGGCUAUUUUUCUCAAUGCUUAAGUUCACUGACUGUAUUGCUUGGAUUCUGGUUCUGAACUGAUUUUACGUUCUUCUUGGCUUUAUGUAGCAAAGUGAUCUAUUAUGUGUUACAA